UCUUAAUUCAAAUCGAGCCAUCUUAUUUCAAAUUAUUGGGUGUUUUGGGAGAAUAGAGUCAAUAAAAUCUUGUAUCAACAUAUUAGGUUGUUAUAGAAUCAAGCGAUCAACAAAAGCAGAAAACAACUACAGCUACAAAAAUAAGGCAAAAGGGAAUCCCGGAUUUUCCCCUCUCUCUCAACUGAAAUGGGUCUCACUCGAUUCCUCAAAUUUUCUCCGAAAAUUUUGAAAACCUCCAACCCCUUCACCAUUAGCUUCCAUCUUCUUCUUGCUGACGCUGAUUUUGUUCGAUUGGAAUCUAUCAAACAUGAAAAUGAAAAUUCAUGCGGGUUUUCCCCAUUUAGUUUUUGCAGAUCAAUACAUGGCGGAUCAAUACGAAACCAGGCGUGCACUGAGACCACUGAUGCCACAAACCAUCAUAUAGCCCAAGAUACUGGAAAAUUGUGUAAACUACUUUGCACUCACUCUAAUUCUAGUAUUGAAUCAUUGCUCAAUGGCGCUUCGGUCGACGUAUCUCCCACGCUGGUCCUGGAGGUCCUGAAGAAGCUCAGCAAUUCCGGUGUCAUCGCUCUUUCCUUCUUUAGGUGGGCUGAGAAGCAAAAGGGGUUUAAAUACAGUACGGAGAACUACAAUGCUCUAAUUGAAGCCCUGGGCAAGAUCAAACAGUUCAAGAUGAUCUGGAAUUUGGUGAAUGAUAUGAGGUCUAAGGGUUUGUUGACCCAAGAGACUUUUGCUUUGAUUUCACGGAGGUACGCAAGAGCAAGGAAGGUUAAAGAAGCGGUAGAGACAUUUGAGAAAAUGGAAAAGUUUGGAUUGCAGCCGAUACUCUCAGAUUUUAAUAGAUUACUUGAUGCCCUUUGUAAGUCGAGACAUGUCGAGAGAGCACAAGAGGUGUUUGAUAAAAUGAAGGAUAGAAAGUUCAGGCCUGAUAUCAAGUCCUACACGAUUUUGUUGGAAGGGUGGGGUCAAGAACAAAAUUUGUUGAGAUUGGACGAGGUUUAUCGAGAGAUGAAGGAUGAGGGGUUUGAGCCCGAUGCUGUGACUUAUGGGAUACUUAUCAACGCCCAUUGUAAGGCUAGAAGAUACGAUGCAGCCGUUGAGUUGUUUCAUAAAAUGGAAGCAAACAAGUGCAUGCCUACUCCUCAUAUUUAUUGUACUCUCAUCAAUGGGUUGGGCUCCGAGAGGAGAUUGACCGAAGCUCUCCAGUUUUUUGAACGAUCUAAGGCUAGUGGAUUUACUCCAGAGGCACCCACAUAUAACGCUGUGGUGGGAUCUUACUGUCAAUCAAUGAGGAUGGAUGAUGCCUAUCGUAUAGUUGAUGAGAUGAGAAAAUGUGGAGUUGGUCCGCAGACUCGAACCUAUGAUAUAAUUCUUCAUCACUUGAUAAAGGCUCGAAGAACAAAGGAAGCUUACCGGGUUUUUCAGGGAAUGAGCAGCGAGCCAGGCUGUGAGCCAAGUGUGAGUACAUACGAGAUUGUAGUGAGGAUGUUUUGCAAUGAAGAGAGAGUGGAUAUGGCGUUAAGGGUAUGGGAUGAGAUGAAAGCCAAGGGAGUUCUUCCUGGAAUGCACAUGUUCUCAACGUUAAUUAACAGCUUGUGCUAUGAGAAUAAGUUAGACGAGGCCUGCAAAUACUUUCACGAAAUGUUGGACAUGGGUAUCAGGCCUCCAGCAGCAAUGUUCAGCAAUUUGAAACAAACUCUACUUGAUGAGGGAAAGCAGGAUAUGGUUCUAAUUUUGGCUCAGAAGCUUGACAAAAUCAGGACAACUCAAGUGAUUGGUUGACACCAAAGGGGAGAGAGAUAGACUGUUGUAACUGGGCAACCCAACUACACAGAUCAUCUGACCCGAUCAAGACCCUUAUGGCUGAUCAGUUGGUGCCCAAUAAAAACUGCUGAUGGGGGUUGGAAUGGUAUACAAGGGUGUAGUAUGUUUUGUUACGAGAUCAUCUUGCCUCAAUUGUUGGUUUCCUCAAAUGUAGUCUCAUAACAACUUCAACUAUCAUGUAUCUGAUUGCACCUUCUGAGUAAUGAAGCACUUUUGGUGAUGCA